CUACCUUGGAAAGCCCGGAAGUAAAAUAUACGUGAUUUGUUUUUGAGUUUUAGAUUACAUUAGCAUCAUUUUCUUAGUUCAAAAACAAAAUCCAGAUGUCUCACCGACCGUUUACGUUUUGCGUUAGAUCGCCAAUUCAGUAAAAUAAUAAUUUCAAAUCAUCUCUGGAUGGAAUAGGUGCAAUUUUGUUUUGGUUUUGCUAUUGACAGCCACGAUGGCAGUGAAGUAUCUUUUAUUGUGGGAGGGGCAUAAGUUUCCAUUCAAAAUCAUUCAUUAAAUAGAAAACUUAGAAUAUGUGAAAAUAUUUUUUUGAUAUUUUGUAUGAUAUAUUUUCAAUCAAAUUUCUUUCCGUUCUUUGUAUUGUAAUAUUAUAGAAAUUUUAAAAAUCUAUAUUUUCUUAUGGUUCAGGUAUUCCGGCUUCUGGAGUAGCAUUAACAUUUCGGCCAUUCAAGGAGGUAGCAGAGCGUGAAAGUAUCCUCCUAGCCACUAAAUUUCGUUUGCGUAUGUUGUUUCGUGAAUUUCACAUGCUUUUCGAUGAUAUUUGAACACAUCAGUGAUAUGACUGUUUUUAGUGUGUAAAAGUGAAUUAGGUUAAGAGUAGUCAUCAUGAGCGAUCAAGACGAUCCUCUAGCGCAAAACCAGACAACUCCUCGCAGUUCGCUUGGUUCGGGCGUUCUAUCCUACAGUAAUUCGUCGAUAUCACCUUCCACUAGCUCGAGUAGCUCUCAAGGCUCAGCAAAAUCGGCCGUUAGCGAAUGUCUUGGAGCAUGGUUGAACUAUUUGCAGAUCAUGAACAACCUGUGCGGUGCUGGUCAUCGCUUAGCUCAAACCAUAGCCGCCCUCGAACCAUGGGCCACUCUCGAGCAGCCAUCGCAAGCCGGUGGCCCUGGUGUACAACAGCAGCAGCAGCAACAACAAUCGCAGCAACAUCCGUUCGUUGUUCCGCAGAUACCAUCCCACAUGGCGUUCCAAUUCAUUACUGCCUGGGACGAUUUGGUUCGCGCAUCGGUGUUUGCAACAAGUACUGUGAAAUCGCACAUAGUAAGUGUUUUGCAGGAUUUCAAAACACAGCCACUCAGUUCGAUAGAGCAGGAAAGUGAACUGCAACAUAUAAGAGAACACAAUCAGCUCAUACUACAAGACAACGCUCAAACUAUGAUCAAUCUCCAGCAUCAGUUCUGUGUGGCUUCUUGUGAUUCGUUUGCCCAACUGAUGUGCUGUUAUCAAUGUCAAACACAAGUUGGUUUUCCACAUGAUCCCGAAUGUCCUAUGAUUCAGCAUCCGAUGUCUGCGGCUGCUGCAAUUGCUCGAAACGAUCAACGGUCGCAAACGCCUUCACCACACUUUGGUUUUAAGAUGCAGGAAGCUCGAUUAUACGACCGAGGAUCGAUUUCGACACAAGGUUCGUCCGAUCAUGGGACCACAGCGUAUGAACAGACACGUGGUCCAUCACCGCACGAUAUUCGUGGACCAAGUCCAAUCCAGGGUUAUCUGGAUAACAUACGAGGUCCUCUGCCGAAUCCUGGCCACCUUUCCGGAAUGAAGGCUCCCUUUUAUCGUGGGUCGAGAAGUCCCCUAAACUUCCCGCUGUUUACACUCAAUGGCCAGCGACGUUGGUCCGAAGCUGCUGCUGGAGAAGUGAACUCUGAGUCAACGCUCGAUGCGGAGAGUCAGAUGCGUCGAUGGUCAAUGCCGUGGGAAGCCAAAGCGGACAAAACAACCGUUCACUGGAAUCAAACAAGAAUAAUGCCAAUCUCGAAGCUUGCCGUUCCCCAGCAAUCGUCAUGUCAGAAAUCAUCCACUGGAGAUAGAAGUCAAAGCACAACACCCGAUUCGACUUGGCACUCGUCAGUUACCAGCCAGGAUGGCCUAGUGGAGGCGAUACAGUUACUCUCAUGCCGGCCGAUUUACAGACUGCCGCAGAUGCCUCCGUCAAGUAUUGGACCACCGUUUGUCGAAGAACCGAGCAGUGCGAACUUUCAGCAGGCUCAGCAACCACAGUGUCCAUCCAAUCCCGGUCUGUACGGAAUUUGGACCCAGCAAAAUCCUCCAAGUGCAAUGCUUCGUCAGCAGUCGACCCAAGAACGCAAUGCAGCACCCUUUAUGCAAUAUAUACGGGAACAGGAGGGAUCUCUAGAUGAAACUCAACCGCCUUAAAGGCUAUAAAUAAUUGACGGAACCACUCUGAUCGGUACAGAAUGAUAUUAGCAAUGAUUAAUUAGUUUAAAUUGAACUAAUUCCGAAGCUUCUGUAACACGCUUCGUCGGAUUAUUUAAAAAAUGUCGUUAUUUAUUAGCGUUGGAUUAGAUGGAUAGAUGUUCUAAGUAAUUUCGUUAGGUGGUUGUCUAAAAUAAGUUCUUAUUGUCGUGUUGUAUGUAUGUCCUUUUAAACGAUAACAUAUGCAUACCAAAGAUUUCAGCGUGUUUACCAUACGUACAAUAGUUGUUUUACAAACCUCCCAAACUCCAAACUCCCAAAAUCAUGAUAAGUUAUAAGACGACGUGUGAAAGAUCGUUAUUAUUUAUUCACAACAAUUGUAAUGUAACAACUCAUUUAGCAAUUACAAAGUUAAAUUAUGUAAAACUCAAACUAGCAUGACACAAAUGUAGCUGUAAUAUUUUUGUGCAAAAUAUUAAAACACCGAAUGAGUGUACUUCUUAAAAAAUGUAUUUUACAAAUAACGACCACAUAUAUAAUAUACAUGAAAACCUUGGAUAGCAUCCUUGGUAUGUGCUUUGUUUAGUAAAAUGGAGAAACUAGAGUGGCUUAUCCAGCAGACGUGAAAAACAACAGAAUUGUUAUGGGACUUUUCGCUGUACGUGGAAACCGUGUUCUCUCGAUUGCGAACACACAAACUAAUUCGAUCGAGGGGAAAUCGAGGCACCCUCAUAUCAUGACCUCAAAAUGUACAUUGUUCAUUGGGAUAUUCAUUGAAACAAGUAUGUCGCUACAAGUUUUUGUAACACUCAAUAAA